AUGCUCUUCACACGAUCGUUCAUCGCUGCUCUGCUCAGCGCUGUCGCAUCCGCGCAGUCAAAUGCCAACCCUUUCAAGAACCCCGUGGGAGGUCGCCAGGCGGCCGCUGGCCAGUCACUCACUUUGGAGUGGAACCCUACGACUGACGGCACGGUGUCCUUGAUUCUGCGAAGUGGCUCGAGCGGCAACCUGGCUGAGGGCACGCCCAUCGCGUCUAACAUUCCAAACUCGGGCUCGUACACCUGGGAUAUUCCGUCAGACAUCGUCCGCGGGGCCGAUUAUACGGUAGAGAUCGUUGCGGACAGCGACUCGUCAGAGACCAAUUUCACUCCUCCAUUCGCCGUCGACAGCACCAACACCACACCUGCAAGCACGAGCGCGGACUCUUCUUCCGCGGCUGUCACUGCAAGGCCCAGUGCGUUCCCUCUCCCGUCAGGCGUGACUAUUGACACAGUAGCACACUCAUCCACUGCUUCCAACACCGAAUCCGCUACCAACACCGAGUCCUCUGCCUCCGCGACUGAUUCAUCCGAGAGCUCGACCAUGAUCACUGGCACAUCAAGCCGCGCAAGCUCUUCCCAAGCACCGACUGCAACAGGUGAUGCCGUCACCACUGGCCCAGCAACUCAGACUGGUGCCGCUGCUCGCGCUACUGCUGCAGCAGGUUUCCUUGGUGUUGUCGCUUUGGGUGCUCUUGCACUUUAA